AUGUCAUCUGCAAGUUGGGAAGAUCUUGCCGCGGAUAAGAGGGCACGUCUGGAGAAGUCCAUCCCAGACGAAUGGAAAAUCAAGUCAGUCCCAACGGUAGGCUCGGUCAUUGAUCUACCUGAGAGGUCUGGGAUUCUGUCGCCUUCUGAAAUAAAGAUUACAAACUCGUCAGCCACAGAACUCGUCGCUCAGUUAGCCGACGGCACGCUGAAGUCCGUGGAUGUGACCCUGGCAUUCUGUAAAAGAGCUGCACUGGCCCAUCAGCUUGUUAAAUGCGCACAUGACUUCUUCCCAGAGCUAGCAUUAGCCCAAGCCAAGGAGCUUGAUAGGUACUUCGAAACACACAAGAAACCUGUGGGGCCAUUGCAUGGAUUGCCGAUCUCUUUGAAAGAUCAAUUACGUGUCAAGGGAACUGAAACAUGCAUGGCCUAUAUCUCUUGGCUGGGUAAGCGCGACACCAGCGAUUCGAUACUAACUGCCUUGUUGCGGAAAGCGGGUGCAGUAUUUCUAGUCAAGACGAGUGUACCGCAAACAUUAAUGGUAUGCGAGACCGUCAAUAAUAUCAUCGGUCGCACGUCAAACCCAAGAAAUCUCGACCUCUCCUGCGGCGGAAGUUCGGGAGGCGAAGGUGCCAUGAUUGCAAUGCGUGGAGGUGCCAUCGGUAUAGGAACUGAUAUCGGUGGAUCGAUUCGUGUCCCAGCUGCAUUCAAUUCUUUAUAUGGGAUCCGUCCAAGUCACGGUCGUCUGCCGUACGGUGGUAUGACGAACAGCAUGGAAGGCCAAGAGACGAUACACAGCGUCGUUGGACCCAUCGCCCAUUCUGCUCAAGAUGUCAGACUCUUCCUCCAAUCUGUCCUCAUGGAGGAACCUUGGAAGUAUGAUUCGAAAGUCAUCCCACUUCCUUGGAGGGACGCCGAGGAGAAGGCCACCCAAGGUAAAAUCGCCGAGAAGGGGCUAAACCUCGCCUUUUACGAUUUCGAUGGUGUUGUACGUCCACACCCUCCAAUUACGCGUGGCGUUGAGAUUGUCCGUGCUACGCUCGAGAAGAACGGACAUACUGUGGCCCCGUGGACACCCUACAAACAUGGGUUUGCCGUUGAUCUAGCCAACAAAAUCUACGCUGCAGAUGGAAGCACAGAUGUUUACAAGCACAUCAGCGCCUCAGGAGAACCCGCUAUUCCGAACAUCAAGGAUCUCAUGAAUCCCAACCUACCUAAGGCAGAUCUGAACGAGGCAUGGGAUGUACAGCUGCAAAAGUGGCAUUAUCAGUGCGAAUACUUAGACAAAUGGCGCGAAUGGGAGGAGCGAACGGGCAAGGAGCUCGAUGCUAUCAUCGCCCCGGUAGCGGCGACAGCUGCAGUCCGCCACAACCAAUUUCGGUACUACGGGUAUGCUACUGUUUUUAACGUGCUAGAUUUCACUAGUGUUGCUGUUCCCGUCACGUAUGCAGACAAGGCGGUGGAUCGCAAAUUGGCGGGUUAUUCGCCGAUUAGUGAUAUGGAUAAGGCGGUUUAUGCCGAGUAUGAUCCGGAGGUUUAUCAUGGCGCCCCCGUUGCCGUGCAGAUUAUCGGCAGGCGCCUUAGUGAGGAACGGACGUUGGCUAUUGCGGAGUAUAUUGGGAAGUUGUUGGGUCACUAG